UUAUUUAUCCAACACUUAGGAUUUUGGACGACCAACUUCUGCAGACGCCAGUCGGCAUGAAAUGAAUGUUUGAAAAUUCUUGCAAUUCCAAGUAAACCGAAAAACCCCUAAUUCCAAAUCAAUUUUAAUUGUUCUUCUUUGUUUCUUCGAUUCAAAAUCCGAUUUGAAUUCAUUGAAAUUGUGGCGUGAUGGUUCAAAAUUUCUCAAAAUCAACAUCUUUAGCACCAGGUUUUCGAUUUCAUCCCACCGAUGAAGAGCUUGUUUGGUACUAUUUAAAGCGUAAGGUUUCCGGCAAGCCUUUCCGUGUUGAUGCUAUUUCUGAAAUCGAUAUUUACAAAGUUGAACCUUCUGAUCUUCCAGGUUUAUCAAAGCUGAAAACUAGAGACCAAGAGUGGUAUUUUUUCAGCGCCCUGGAUAGGAAAUAUGGAAAUGGCUCAAGAACUAACCGAGCAACAAAUGAGGGAUACUGGAAAACAACUGGGAAGGAUAGGCCAGUUUACCAUAGGUCUCAGGUUGUUGGGAUGAAAAAGACUCUCGUCUACCAUAAAGGUCGAGCUCCACGUGGUGAGCGGAGCAAUUGGGUGAUGCAUGAAUACAAACUCAAUGAUGAUGUGCUGGGAGAUGCAGGUUUUUCUCCGGAUGGAUUUGUUUUGUGUAGAGUGUUUCAGAAAAGUGGGACAGGGCCAAAGAAUGGAGAGCAAUAUGGAGCACCACUGGUGGAGGAGGAGUGGGAAGAUUCCGAAGAAGUUGUGGUGCCCAGUGAGGUGUCUUUUGAAGAUCCAUAUGUUGAUGAUGAUGCAUACAUUGAACAAAACGAUUUGAAUCAGGUCUCCCUACUCUCGGAAAAUGUUCCUUUACCUGUCAGCUUUGAUCAUGCUGACAUCAACAACUGUCUUGAAGGUUCCCAGCAUAUGCCUACAAAUGAUCUACAGUCUGUAGAAGAAUUUGAAGACAAGUAUAGCUUGGAGGCUUUGGAUGAUCAGAAGUUUUAUGUUGAUAUGCAUGAUGGAAGCAAUGCAUUUGUUGUGAAGAAUGAGCACAUGGUUCAACCAAAUGACUCGAGUAAUGAGGAUCCUGUCAAUUUGCAUACCCUUGAUGAGCUGCUCUUUGAUGCUACAAAUGCAGACUCAGAUAAUGGACUAUACUUUGAUACUAAUCUUCCUGAUUUUGACUUAUUUGAAUCAAAUUUUGAUAAUUCAGAUUUUGAUAUUGCACCUUAUCUGAAUGAUUCUCUUUUUGGAGUCAUGGAUGAUAAGGUUGAUGAAGUUUUCUUUACCAAGCAGGAUUUGAUUGAUGAAACCUCGCAAAUGUCUGCAAUUCAGAAACCACCUGUAAUUGGUGAUGAUGGUAGUACAUCCUCAUCCUGUCGAUUCAUGGACGUUUCAAAGGUUAAGCCGUCUAAGAAUGAUAUGCAAACUCCUUGUCUCUCUCAAGCAAACUGUUUCUUGAAGGACAUCCCAGCUCCUUCUGCAUUUGCUUCAGAGUUGCCAUCCAAGGACGUGACUGCACGUCUGAAUGCCGCUGUGCAUUCUUCGAGCUCUGUUCAUUUACCUGUCGGUAUGAUCAGAAUCUGGGACAUGCCUUCAGGGGUCAACGGAAGUGGAGUGCAGUUGUCAUUCGAUAAAACUGGUUCCCUCAAUGUUCUCCUUUCUUUCGAUCUUCCUCACUCUAUUUAUCCUCUGGGACUGGAGUCGUUGACUGGUAUGUUAAGCAAGAUGUCCGCAGCUGCUUCUCGGAGAUGGCUAUGUUUUACCUUCUUUCUAGUCUUUCUUUUUGGCUUGAGCAGCAAAAUUGGGACAUACAUCUAUGCAAAGUGACUUGAUUAUUUGCAAUGAACCAAAGGAGAUAUAACGGUAUAUGUGAAGUAUAUGCUCGUUACAAAGUCCCGUUACAUACCCAAGGAUUUAUGUACUAAUUGCAUCAAUGUAGACUAAGGAUUGCUACUUGGUUGGAUUGUUUAGACAUUCUUCUCGUAUCGUCCAGUCACUAGUCGUGAUGGUGGAAGAAAUUGGGUGGUAAUUUGCUGUUUCAUUCAGCAAUUGUUACGGUAUCCCCAGGAACAUGUCUAGUGAGCCUGCAAUGCUGUUAUUCUAUUAUUAUGUGAUAUCAGUCUUAGUAUCUAACAAUACAGAUAGCUCGAGCAGGAACUAUAUAUUUUCUAACUUGAAGUCUCCUUUGUGUUUUGAUUUCUGUUUAGCCAAUUAAUGUUGCAUGCCAAAAUUGUUUAUGAGAA